UACUUGCUAAAGGACUCACCCACUCGGCGUGCUGAAUACAUUGCUAUAAGUGGAAGCAGAUUAUUUUCCAAAAAGUUUGGUUCAACAAGGUGGUUGGAGAAUGGUGAGUGCUUAGAAUGUGCAGUAGUAGUUGUUGAAUCUGUGAAGACAUUUAUAAACAACAGUACAAAGUUGAAAGACAGCAAGGUGGCUACAUUCUUGAGACAGGCACUCAAUGAUCCUUUUAUUAAAGUCAAACUUUUAUUUUUUCGGUCUAUAUGUACCCAAAGUGAGAGCUUUCUCACCCGAUUUCAGAGCAACAAACCUCUUGCACCCUAUCUUUAUAAAGCAGUUGUUCAAUUAUUAAUGAACCUGAUGAGAAAGUUUGUGAAAAAUGACAGGGUCACCGACAAGCAGUUUCUAAAAAUAGAUUUAAAUGCUAAUGAAAACUUGGUACCUCUGAAGAAUUUGGAUAUUGGUUUUGGAGCAAAAAAAAUUUUAAAAGAAUUGAAAGUAAGUGACAAAGAUAUUCUGUAUUUUCUAAGAGAUUGUCGAAAUGUGCUGAAAGUGAUGACACAAAAGAUAAUUGAGAAGGGACCUGUCAAGUACAGAUGUGUGAAAGCUUUGAGCAGCUUAGACCCAGAAAUUAUUAAAAUGCAAUCAAAUGUUGGAAAAUUGUAUUUCAAUGUUUUACUGGAGGUUCUACAUGAUACAAACAGGAUUGAUGAGAAAUGUGCUGUCAAAGCAAAAGAACAGUAUGAUAUACUCUGCAGUAAAGUGUCCAUAAAAUCCUAUUCUACAAAGUUUGAGGACUUCAUAUCUGAAAGGAGUGAUGAUGAUGGUCUGGACACAUUUUAUUGUGAAAUUUUGAAGGAUGAUAAGCAACUGCAAGAUCUAUGGUCUAUUAUCAAAAUUUCUCUUUCUUUCUCACAUGGGAAUGCAAGUGUUGAGAGUGGUUUCUCGGUUAACAAAUCACUGUUGAGUGAAAAUCUUAAGGAAGAAAGUUUAGUUGCUCAACGCUUAGUUUAUGAUGGGAUCCGUUUUGCAGGUGGUAUUGAUCAAAUAAAUAUAGACCAGAAAAUGUUGUUAACAGUCAGAGGAUCUAGACAGCGAUAUAUUGCAUGUUUGCAACAGAAAAAAAGAUAUUCAAAAGCAGCAGGCAUUGAGGGCUGAAGAAAAAAUAAAACUUACACAACAACUUAAAGACUUAAAACAACACAAGAAAACGUUAAGAAAAGAUCACAAAAAGGAAGAAAAAGAGAUUGAAAUGAAAAUGAAUACA